AUGCCUCACGAGCUGCCGUUUGCCUCCCUGAGCGAGGACGCGGCUGCCGCUGUGCGCGAGCGGCAGCUACGGCGCAAGCAGGCCAAGCUCGAACGGAAGCAGCAAGCGCGAGUUGCCAGAGCGAGCAGCAUCACGCACUUACAAUCUGCAGGCGAUGAGUCCACGAGUGGCUCGUACAGCGACUGGAUCUCCAAGGCACAGUACUUUGAGGCGGUGCCGGCGGGCUUGUUCCUCCCGCCCGGCGGCGCGACCAUUGACGCCGUGCGGCGGGUGCUAGACGCGUGCGACGCGGAGCUGAAGGAAAACAACUACUUUCUCUUUGGGUUUGGCUCGAACGAGGCGUGGGAUCCGGCCUUCAACGCGCGGCUGCUGUACGAGGGCUUCUUCACCAUCACCGCUCGCCUGCUCGGAGCCGGCACGGAGCCUCUCCCGCUGCCAGAGCUGCAGCCGUACUAUGGUCAGCUCGGGACGCCCAUAGCUAGCGAUCUCGAUCGCAUCGGGCCCAAUCGCGAGAUCCGCGCCGUCGAGCUGCGCGGACGAAGGGAGGAGUGGGGGGAGGAGCAGGGGGAGGAGCAGGGGAGGGAGCAGGGGGGGGAGCAGGGGGAGGAGCAGGGGGGGGAGGAGGAGCAGGAGGGGGAGGAGGAGGAGGAGGUGUACACUUCGCUCUCUGGAUGGACCGCGGUCCGCACCGCCGGGGCUCACGGCACCGCGCAGCUCGUGCUGCUCGGCCUGUGGCUGCGACAGCGCGGCUACGCGUUCUGGCACUGCUACUCGCCCGAGAUGGAGUACAAGCGCGCCCUCGGCCACCGCAUCUACCCGCGCCGCGACUUCCUCGCCCUCCUCGCCCGGCACCGCGGGCCCCACGACCUCCCCCACGACCUCGGCGGCGGCGGCGGCGAUGCCGGUCGCGACGGCGCGCCGGGCGCGGGCGGGCUUGCGACUUUGCGUGAAGGCGACGAGGUUCGCGGUGAUCUGCUCUUGCUCGGAGUGCACGGGGGCGAUUGCGGAGGGUGGGCGCUUGCUUGCUCUGGCAUCGCAACGGCCCGCCGCCUCCCCCCCCUCACUCACACCUUGAGGCUUGCCCUCUCUGGCCCGGUGCGGCGACGGCUCAAAGCGAAGCGAAUGGAUCAGUCGGCCGCCGUCGAUGUCACGGACGCCGUCAGCCGCAUCGAGGCGGCAGCCGCCUCCAUCCCUAUCCACGUUGCCCGGCGGCCGGGGCCAGCGGCCGCCGAGGUCCUCGCCAGGGCAUACGAGAAGGCGACCGCCGGCACGAGUACGUGGUAUCGCACCGGCAAGCGUGCCCUCCACCAGCCGCAGCUCGAGCGGUUCGUGGGCGAGCUGACGCACUACCUCGACAACGUCACCGCGAUUGUGGAGCUGGGCGCUGGGAAGGGCCUCCUUGGGAGGGUGCUGCAAGACGUCAGUGCGAUCUCUCGGGGUGACAGGGGUGCGCUGCCGCUAGUCGCCAUCGAGCAGCGGGAGUGCCCCACCUACGACUCCCGCGAGCACGACGUGACCAGGCUGAACGGCACGUCGGUCGCCCAAGGCUUCGUCCUCGACGACAAGAUCCCGCACGGCGCGCUGGUGAUUGCAAAGCACUUUUGCGGGAACGCGUCCGACGAGGCUGUCCGGCUGAUCCUCGCCAGCGAGCGGGUCGCCCUCGCCGCCCUCGCGCCGUGCUGCCACCCAGCCAUGCAGUGGGAUGCAUUCUGCGCGCGCGAGGCCAAAGGCCCGCUCGGCGCCCUUCUGACGGAGGCGCACUUCCCCGCGCUCGGCGCCGACAGCUGCUACCGGGCCGGCCGUGCGGCGCGGGUCGUCCUCGAGGCGGCGCGGCUGCAGCAGCUGGCGGCCGCCGGCUUCUCGACCGCCCUCGUCGAGUACGCGCCAGACAACCUGAUCCUGCUCGCCGCCCGGCCGAGCAGCUCCCUCGAGCGCGGUCUCGGCCCGCUCAUCCAGACGCCGCGCCCGAGCGGCCUGCACCUGCCGCCGAGCGGGGUGGUGUUGCACACCGCCGCAAAGGGCGCCUCGCAGACGGAGCGGCUGGCGGAGUACCUGCAGGAGCGGCGUGGGCGCGGGCAGAGACCGAGGCGGCAAGGCCGGCACAGACAGAGAGAGAGUGUGUGCGAACAGGAGCUGCGCGAGCGCGGCGAGCGCGCGAUCGAGUCGGCUCCCUCGGCCGGCGGCGGCGCCAGCACCCUCGCGCCGUGCGUGGUUGCGGGCGGGGAGGCGGAGGCCGUGCUCAAGGCUCUGAUGGCGUCGGAGGCGCUGCCACGCGACAGCCUCGCCGGCCGCGGGCAGGUCCUUCGGAUGAACUGCCUCCCGCGCAGCCUAGAGUGGUGGGUGGCCGGGGAGCUGCAUCGUGCCGGCGCGGCGGAGGUUGCGGAGAGGCACCCGCGGUGCGACCCGAGGGGGAAGCGGAUCGGCGUCGUCGCCACCUCGAAGGGGUCGGCCGAGGGGCGCGCCUAUGAGGCGGUGCUGUCUGCGCUGCAUGCCACCGUGGACGUCAUCCCGGAACGCACCGCCGAAGAGUCCGGGGCGGCGCCAGCGAAGCACGCAUACGACAUGCUCAUCGUGGCCAUCGAUCGCGGGGAUGUGCCGGCGGUGGCCGCCACACACCGCGAGCUGCUGAAGCCGGACGGCGUGCUGUGCGCGCGAGCAAAGCUCGGGGCGCAGGCGCGCGGGCGGCGGAUCACGGAGCAGCUGCUGGCUUCGUGGCGCAAGCACGCCUUCCCGACGCCGACCGUGCGGCACCUUCUCGCCGACAAGGAGACUGAUAGAACCAUAAUCGUUGAGCUCUGA